CUGGCCUAUGAAGCUCUGGAGUAUGCAAAAAUAGCACUUGAAAAAAAUGAAGCGAAUUUUGCAGCGCACAAGUGGUAUGCAAUUUGCCUCAGUGAUGUUGGAGAUUUUGAAGGAAUCAAAACUAAAAUUGGAAAUGCCAUUGUUAUCAAAGAGCACUUCCAGAGAGCUGUUGAACUGAACCCAAAAGAUGCUACAACAAUUCAUCUCAUAGGCAUUUGGUGUUACUCCUUUGCUGAAAUGCCGUGGUACCAAAGGAAAAUAGCCGCGACGCUGUUUGCCACGCCGCCAACCUCCACCUUCCAAGAGGCUCUUCGUUACUUCCACAUGGCAGAGGAAGCUGAACCAAACUUCUACAGCAAAAAUUUGCUCUUUUUGGGGAAGACAUACUUGAAGUUGAACAAUAAAAAGAUGGCUCUUCUGUGGUUAAGCAAAGCGAAGGAUUAUCCUGCACAUACAGAAGAGGACAAGCAGGUACAGAAAGAAGCUUUGGAGUUACUUAAUUCUAUAUAAUGUGAAACAAGAUAAUGGGAAUCCAGCACCUCAGGUCUGUGCAGCAUAGGAAGAGGACCCCAAAUACUACUUUGGUUUAUUAAAGCUGUCAAUAAAAGUAUAGCCUAAACCUGCUCUCUCCAUCUCAUUUC